ACCCUCUCCCCUCCCCGCCCUCCUCGCCCCCUCCUCCCGCUCUCCUCCCUCCUCCUCCUCCUUCCCCGAGCGGCCGGCGGGGGCGAGAGAGAGGCGGCUGCGAGGAGGCGUAACGGAAAGCCCCGGCCGGGGAAGGCUGCGGCUGGGAGCCGGAGACGCCGAGCGGGCGCCGGGUGAACCGAGAAGCAGACUCUUGAGUUGACAGCUGGCCCAGUUUCCGCAUUUCGUUAAGAAGCACUUCGUACAGGUGGCACUUUUCAGAAGUUAUUCACUGAGUCUUCCCAGCAUUCCUGCAAAUAUAAAUAGGUGAGCUGCCCGACAGGCGGUGCUGCCGCUCGGCCAGAGCCGGGAGUGUCCCGCAGCGUGCAGCGUGCAUGCCGCCGGCUGCGGGAGUGGAUGACUGCAGCUGCGACUUCCUUCCCAGGCCGCCGAGCCCGCUUCUCCACCGACUUUCCUUUUUGAUUAACUCCCUGGACGCCUGAGUCUUUUCCCGCCUGGAGCAUCAAUAUGUGUCAUGUCAUUGUCACCUGUCGCUCGAUGCUCUGGACCCUCCUGAGUAUUGUGGUGGCUUUCGCAGAGCUCAUUGCCUUCAUGAGCGCAGACUGGCUCAUCGGGAAGGCGAAGAGCCACAGCCGCAAUGCCGAGCCGGCCGGCCCGGGCGCGGGCUCCCCGGAGUUCUACCACCCCACCUUGGGCAUCUACGCGCGCUGCACGCGGAACCCCGGGCUGCAGCACUUCCAGCGGGACAUGCUGUGCGGGCCCUACGCGGAGAGCUUCGGCGAGAUCGCCAGCGGCUUCUGGCAGGCCACUGCGAUUUUCCUGGCCGUGGGGAUCUUUAUUCUCUGUAUAGUGGCCUUGGUGUCCGUCUUCACCAUGUGUGUGCAGAGCAUCAUGAAGAAGAGCAUUUUCAACGUCUGUGGGCUGCUGCAAGGAAUCGCAGGUCUAUUCCUUAUCCUUGGUUUGAUACUCUACCCUGCAGGCUGGGGCUGUCAGAAGGCCAUAGACUACUGUGGACAUUAUGCAUCUGCCUACAAACCUGGAGACUGCUCCUUGGGCUGGGCCUUUUAUACUGCCAUCGGUGGCACAGUCCUCACCUUCAUCUGUGCUGUCUUCUCUGCACAAGCAGAAAUUGCAACCUCCAGUGACAAAGUACAGGAAGAAAUUGAAGAGGGGAAAAACCUUAUCUGCCUCCUUUAGCUUGGAAGAGACACUAAUGCCAUUUUCUUCCUUGAGUAAUCUGGUGAAACAGUCCACCGCCAAGUUCAUCAUCUGAAUCAAGUGGAGAACUAGACUUUAGCUACCAAAGCCACAUUCCACAGUCCCAAGCCUUAUUGACAGGACCAAUGAGAGGCAACAUCCGGCUAAGCAAAGUUACUAGACAUGAGGACUGCAGUGCAAAUUAUAAAGGAUGGAACAUGAAAAUAGUACAUAAACCCUGACGUGUAGUUGCCAAGUUCUGUCAGACUCCGUAUCCCCCAAGGCUCAAUGAAGGAUAAUGAU